AAAAACGAAAGAUGAGACUUUAUUGAGAUAGAGGCCCCUCUGGCUCUGGAGAGUCUCAGAUGCUGUUGGGUGAGAGGAUGGUGGGUUUGUUUUCCAACACAUAAACAAAAACCAAAGAGCAACAAACAAACCCAUAAUUAAAGGUAAAGCAUUGCUUCUGGAUUGGGUUGGUGAUUUCACAGCUUGAUCCUUGUUUUAUGGGCGUUCCUAUAAAUACUUGACCCUUUUUUUUCUGGACCUUUUCCAAUUCCUUGAUGGAGGUUCCGGAGAUGGAGGAGCCAAAGCCUGAAAGUCAUUUGACAUCAGCUGCAGCCUUUGUGGAAGGGGGAAUACAACCAGCCUGUGACGAUGCUUGCAGCAUAUGCCUUGAGGAUUUUUCUGAAAGUGAUCCAUCAACGGUGACUACUUGCAAGCAUGAAUUUCACCUCCAGUGCAUCCUUGAAUGGUGCCAGAGAAGCUCCCAGUGUCCCAUGUGUUGGCAACCUAUUAGCCUAAAGGAUUCUACCAGUCAAGAAUUGCUUGAGGCAGUGGAACGAGAGAGGAGCUUUAGGGUUACUCCACCAAGAAAUGCCACUAUAUUUCAUCAUCCCACCCUUGGUGCUUUUGAAUUGCAGCAUUUACCGGUAGGUGCUAAUGAUGCUGACCUUGAAGAGCGUAUAAUCCAGCACUUGGCAGCUGCUGCUGCAAUGGGAAGGGCCCACCACAUUGGUAGGAGGGAUGGUCACAGAGGUCGAUCAUCUGCCCAUGGUCGACCACACUUUUUGGUAUUCUCCACUCAUCCUGGUGGACCUCCCGGUCCCGUUUCUGCCUCUGGAGGGGACAAUGAGCCAGUUGCAAUUAGUGUAGCUAGUCCAUCGACCCCGCUUGCAUCUGGUGGGGAUGAACCAUCACAGCAGGUCCCACAUUUUCCUUCAGUUCAUACUGAUCAUGUUUCUUCACCAGCAUCUGGACCUACUUUCCUGCCUACAAAUCGUCAAGGAAUUUCCUUUAGUAAUCGGAGCCCUGCUCUACAUUCCUCACCACCAAAUCAAGAUGGAGCAGGACCGUCAGAUCUUCAGUCAUUUUCAGAGUCUCUGAAAUCUAGAUUUAAUGCUAUGUCAAUGAGAUACAAAGAGUCAAUUUCAAAGAGUACCAGAGGGUGGAAGGAGAGGCUUUUCUCUCGUAACACUUCCAUGACGGAUAUUGGCUCUGAUGUUCCGAGAGAAGUGAAUGCAGGAAUUGCUGGUGUAUCUCAUAUGAUGGAACGCCUUGAGACCAGAGAAAAUAGUAGUGCCAACCCAGCCUCUGUAGCAAAUCAUGUAGGCGAUUUUUCUGUUACGGAGCAGAACAACCAGAACAUUGCAGAGACUCAUGGAGAAAGCCCUUUGAAUGACAGCAAUCAACCUGCUUCUUGCGCUGCAAGUUCAGCUUCAGGUUAAGUUGAUGAACAUUGUUUCAGCAGGUGCAUCUAUCCUCAGCAUUUCAUAUUUGAAGCUUGGAUUUCAGGUUAACCUCUUUCUCCAAACAUGACAUGCUGGGGACAAGAUGCUUUGCAAUAUAGGCCAUAGGAUGAGUCAUGGUGAUUAUGGUUUGAACCCAAAUAAGGGAGAUGAAGUCUGAGAAAGAACUUCCAUCUAGAAAGAGACUUAUAAAAUGGGUAUUUUUAUGUAAAUCUGUUUAUAAAUAUGAUGACAUUAUGACCCAGAUUUGGUGCGGGAUAUAUAUUUAACUGUGACCGGAUGGUUAGGUGGAUUUUGGCACUAAUAUUUAUAUUUAAUAUUAAUAUUUCAUGCGGGAAACUUGUGUCAAAACUUAAUGAACUUGAAUUGUGUAUUCUCUAA